AUGUUCUCCGAGCCGGGGACGGGCGUCCUUCGUACCUCUCUGCCAUCACACGCACUGUCAGGGGCAGCCCAGCCUCGGGCCAAGGGGCUCGUCAAAGGGCUGGGCGACAUCUGGCUGUACGGCCGGGCCUCCCGGCCGCCCGGGACGGUUGCUGGCAUCGUCCCCGCGGCCCAGGGCGCGAGGCACCAGGGGCUGGACGGCAGCUGUGGGGCUGUGACAAGUGGCUGGCAGGCAGAUGUGUGCACAUCUGGACGGCAGAGCCAGCACCUGCCCGGCUCCGUGAAGCCGGUGCUUCAAAGGCGUUGGCUGCGUCCCCGAGCGGCGCUGGCCCUGGAAGAGAGCGAGGCUCUGGGCGCCCAGAACCCCUGCACGCAGUUCGCCCUCCGCGGACCAGGCAACCGCAGCCUGGGCCCCGCGGCAGGCCGGCUCCCGGCACUCUCGCGGGCUGGAGACUACAAGGCCGCCCCUCGCCGCCUGGCUUCCACUCCCAGCCCUGGAGGCCUGGACGUGGAGGAGGUGCUGCCCUCGGGCCUGCCCCCGACCUUCAUCCACUUCACACACCACUCCUACGCCCAGAUGGUGCGCGUACUGCGUCGGACGGCGGCCCGCUGCGCCCACAUCGCCAAGACCUACAGCAUCGGACGCAGCUUCAACGGCAAGGAGCUGCUGGUCAUCGAGUUCUCGGCCCGCCCCGGCCAGCACGAGCUGAUGGAGCCUGAGGUGAAGCUCAUCGGCAACAUCCAUGGCAAUGAGGUGGCAGGGCGGGAGAUGCUCAUCUACCUGGCCCAGUACCUGUGCUCCGAGUACCUGUUGGGCAGUCCCCGCAUCCAGCGCCUGCUCAACACCACCCGCAUUCACCUGCUGCCCUCCAUGAACCCCGACGGGUACGAGGUGGCGGCCGCCGAGGGCGCUGGCUACAAUGGGUGGACGAGCGGGAGGCAGAACGCGCAGAACUUGGACCUGAACCGUAACUUCCCCGACCUGACAUCUGAGUACUACCGCCUGGAGGCAUCCGGGAGCAUCCGCAGCAGCCGCAUCCCCAUCCCGCAGCACUACUGGUGGGGUAAGGUGGCCCCCGAGACCAAGGCGAUAAUAAAGUGGAUGCGGACCACCCCGUUCGUGCUCUCAGCCAGCCUCCAUGGGGGCGACCUGGUGGUGUCCUACCCCUUUGAUCUCUCCAAACACUCCCAGGAAGAGAAGUUUUCUCCCACGCCGGAUGAGAAGAUGUUCAAGCUGCUGGCCAGGGCCUACGCGGAUGUCCACCCCAUGAUGAUGGACAGGUCGGAGAACAGGUGUGGUGGCAACUUCCUGAAGAGGGGCAGCAUCAUCAACGGGGCAGACUGGUACAGCUUCACCGGAGGCAUGUCCGACUUCAACUACCUGCACAGCAACUGCUUUGAGAUCACGGUGGAGCUGGGCUGCGUGAAGUUCCCCCCGGAGGAGGCCCUCUAUACCAUCUGGCAGCACAACAAAGAGCCCCUCCUGAACUUCGUGGAGAUGGUGCACCGGGGCAUCAAAGGUGUGGUGAUGGACAAGUUUGGCAAGCCGGUCAAAAACGCCCGGAUUUUGGUCAAGGGCAUCCGCCACGACAUCACCACAGCCCCAGACGGGGACUAUUGGAGAUUGCUGCCUCCGGGGUCCCACAUCGUCAUAGCUCAAGCCCCUGGCUACUCCAAGGUCAUCAAGAAAGUCACCAUCCCUGCCCGGAUGAAGAGGGCUGGCCGCGUGGACUUCAUUCUCCAGCCCCUGGGGACCGGACCCAAGAAGUUCCUCCUCGGGCCGCGGAGAAGCGGGUCUGCAGUCCGUGACCCGCUGGGAGGUGCCAGCCCGUACGGAGAGCCCCAGGAGCCCGGCCAGGAGCCCCUCGGGGCGCGGAGGCAGCCCUCGGCCGGCGGGAGCAAGCCCUGGUGGUGGUCCUACUUCACAUCGAUAAGCCAGCACAAACCCCGUUGGCUUCUCAAGUACUAG